AUGUCAGACUCGUCUCCCGCCGAGCGCAAUUUCCAUCUCUUCCCAAGACUCCCAAAAGAGCUACGCCUCCACAUUUGGCGACUAUGCCUACCACACCGCGUCACCGAGCUAGACAAUCCCACGUCCGAAGGGCUCUGGGAUGAAAACCAUCCCAUCUACAAACUCAGACAUACCUCCAUAGUCAACGGAAGUUCACCCAUCAUCGCACGCGUAAUCCACGAGUCCCGCGGAAUCGCAUACCAGGCCAACGCGAAUAUCUACGAAUUACUUCGCACAGGCUUCUAUAAAGUAAUGAGUCCCUUUGACAUGUUUGACUGCCUCACGGCUGAAUCGGAUUACUGGAUGGAUCCGGAUCGGGAUAGUGUCCAUUUAAAUUAUUCUCCGGAGUACGGGUGA